ACUAGGUCAAUUUUUUGCAAAUUGGUCUUUUUGUUUUAAUUGGCAGUUGGACCGAAAAAGAGACCAAGUCGUGCUCAAUUUUAAGCAGGACACCCCGCCGAGCGUGAAAUUCGCGAGGGUGCGUGUUGGCGAAUAUGUGCGAAAAUUUUCAUACCAACAGGCCGCAGUGUUUCCGGCCUUGCAACUAACAAUAAAUUUCUUCUCUAUGAACGAGUAGUGCAAAUCUCGGAAUUAGUCGGUGAACUGCUGCCUCCGGCCGAACGGAUUCGCCGAGACAGAGACGGAAUCCACACAGGGGCGGGUCACGGCACACAGCCACAGGAGGGCUUGGCCCUCGCACUCACCAUGGAUUCCCAAAAUCAACAGUUCUGCCUGAAAUGGAACAGUUUUGGCAGCAACCUGGCGACGGCUUUCGGGAACCUCUUUAAAUCCGAGAGCCUCACCGACGUAACUCUUUUUUGUGAUGGUGUGUCGCUGAAGGCCCACAAAGUGAUCCUGGCGGCAUGCAGCAAGCACUUCCAGGACCUGUUCGAGGUGGCGCCCCCCUGCCCCGGCACCGUCGUCAUCCUGGACGGCAUGUCCGCCUCAAACAUGGCCGCCCUGCUCGAGUUCAUGUACAAGGGCGAGGUGCACGUCUCGCAGGACUGCCUCUCCUCCUUCCUCAAGGCUGCAGAGUGCCUGCAGGUUAAAGGCCUCUCGAUCGAGCACGAGAAGUUGGCCUCAACAGAAACGUACCUGGAUGGCCGUGCAAGCCCGGCAUGCUCGGAGAGCGGUCACUCGCCGCACAGGAAGACUCCCAAGCUCAACAACCACUCGGUGCCGUCACCAAUGUCCGACCCGACGGACCUGACCUCGCCCACCACGCCCACCUUCAGCUCGGUGAUCGCGCCUUACAUGCCGUCGUACCACCGGCCGUACGAGCGCUCCAACUCGACAUCGGCAGUGGUGGCGAUGCCACCGACGGUGCCCUUCAAGCGGCACCGUCGCUCACUCGCCGACUCCGACAUGGGCACCAACGGCGCCUCAGGCGCCAACGCCUGCCUAGACGCCGCUGGCGCCGCCAUCGUGCGUGCCUCAGUGCUGCGCGAUGGCAAGGGACGCUCCACCACUCUCUCUCCUGCAGAUCUCACGGCUGCUAAUUACAGGGGCCAAAACGAAGGACAAACGAGCGAUUCAACAAGGUAUAGCAACGACUGCGAGGCGAACGACAGGGCGAGCACAAGUAGUGGCAACCCAGCGAGCAACUCCUCAGUGUACGACCGGCCUCCGCUGUCAGUGGGCUCAGGUAGCGGCGACCGCGACCAGGAGCUCGGCGGCGGCGGUGGUGGAAACGGUAACGUCAAAGAGGAGAAAGUGGUCGGCUCAAGUCAUUCAAGUGGCAACGGCUCUUCCUUUGAGGGCUGUCCCGAAAGUCCAGUGAGCCGUAAACGUGGUCGGCCGCCCUCCAACAACCUUGUGCCGACUGACCUAAGGGUCAAGAUGGAGCCCCUGCACGCAACCGGACUGAGAGGCGACGAGCUUAGCGCCGCCAGCUUCAAGGAGCUCAAGCAGCAGGUGGCGGCUGCCGCAGCGGCCGCGGCCGCCUCUGGCAACGACAAGGAAAUGGCCGCCUCUCUGUGGAAUGCGAGCACCAAGCAGGCCGCACAUAAAGGUGGCUCUGUUGCCACGCCUGACGGUAAAAAGCUGAAGUGUCCGUUCUGCGAGCGGCUCUACGGCUAUGAGACGAAUUUGCGCGCCCACAUCCGGCAGCGCCAUCAGGGAAUUCGCGUGCCAUGUCCCUUCUGCUCGCGCACCUUCACGCGCAACAACACGGUGCGCCGGCACAUCGCGCGCGAGCACAAGACCGAGCUCAGCAUGAAGACGGCGGCCGCCGCGAGUGCCGCAGUGGCUGCGGCGGCCGCCGCUUCGGGCUGCUUUCCGCUGCCCAACCACAGCCAGUAGGCUGCCUCGACUUCAGGAAAAAACUUGAUAUACCUCACAAGGAUCUUAUCAAUUCACACAUACACAUACACACAUGAAAAGAAGAAACUUUUACAAAGCAGUCCCGCUCUGGCAGCAGGACCUUAAAAUGAAGAAAGAAGGAAGAAUUAUUUACUGGGGGGCCGGUCGGAGUCACCCUCUGAGAGGUGCCGCGCCGGCCCUUCGUCCACACGUUAGCGAGUGUAAGAUGGACCACACACAGACACACAAAAAAUCAAGCAGUCAAGAAUAAGAAGAUUAUUUUAAAUUUGCCGUAGCCUCGAAGGCGUUAAAAUCUCCUAGAAAAUACUCUAUAUUUCUCCAGCCGAGACGGAAAGUAUAAUGUUUUUUAUAUACACACUUCAUACCGAUUCGCUGUCUUUUAACUUUGAAAAAGUUGUUUAAGUUCCAGUAUUUCGUAGAUUAUUUUUACACACGCGAAACAACUAAUUCCUCCUCGGAAGCAAAACCAGGUUUAAACCGAUUGAAGCCGUUUUGAAAAAACGUCGAUUUAAUUGAAUAGUAUUCAAUGCUCAUGGAUUUUUGUUCACGUUUCGAAAACGUCAACGUGUUGUUAAAGACAUCACACAAAAAUGCCAUCCCGCUAGCCCCUGGACGGACCGGCCGGGAAAUAAAUACGACAGCAGUGCCCAGCACUCGCAAACGGCCGGUCAACGGACACUCAAACAAACAAACAAACACACUUCUUGUUAGUUCCCCACGGCCCCAGAAGUGAAAGGUUUCGGGAACUGUAAAAUGGAACUUUUAUCUACCUCGUUGAAACUGCUGCUGCACAUCACAUGCAGUUCCUCUUGUUAGUUAGAGACAAACCACACACACACGUAAACACUUACACACAUAAACACUCGAGAAACUGCGCUAUAACCUUGCCUACAUCUUAACCGUAUGAUUAUAUAAUUAUUUUUAAAUAUAUACAUAUACUUUUUGCGUGUAGUUUUGCAGCCUCGCACCAGGGCUAAGAGUUCAAGUGUAUUGGUGCGAGAGUGCAAACAUUAAAGUCCCGCCCCUCCCCGUUUCCCCCUCACUUAAUUUUAGAUCCAGAUUUUUGGAGAGAAGCAAGAACAAGAAGUUAAUUAUUACUGUAAAGAAUAUGUGUGCAUGCUAUUGAGAUGUGAGCGAUAAGAUCGUUUUCCCUCUCGCUACUUUUAUCUGGGAAUAGGUUCACGUACAUAUAUAAUUGCGCUAGUUCAUUAAUUCGUUGAUUCGAAUCGAAUUGCUUUUUCAGAGAUAAAUUAACAUGCAGAUCACUCUCGUGGAGGAGGGCUCCUACCUACUAUUGAUUACGUUAGAAAAACAAUUUCAAUCAAAGUCUAUGAUAAGUACGAGACGAAAAUUCGCUCCUCUCAAUCUUUAAAUUUACCGCAGUGCGGUUGGCAAAUUUGUGCUGUUUCCUUUUGUUUGCUCAUUUAUCAAUCACAUGGACCUAGAAGAUCAAAAAAUGCUUAAUUUUAAUUAACUAACUAAUCGUCGUCAGCUGCCUAUUAAUGUAAUUGUGACAUGCGCGCGUUCUUUCUUUUUUUUAAUGAUAAAAAGACUACCGUAAUUGUUAAUUUAGCUAGAGCGCAUUUUUGACUAAAUUCUAGUCAUUUAUUUAGAAGAAAAAUUGUGACGAAAAUCGCAGCUAACAUGUUAUUCCUUGUGAUUGCAUCAAGUAAUGAUUUUUUGUGCCAAAUCUCCAACUCUCCUCCUGCUUCAUGCUGCAGUGAUCAAAUCGCUGAUCUGUUCGGUUGCCAUCCCCUAUGUUCACAUUCACUCGCCGCACUUCUCGGACCCCUCUCCUGCUGGACAGGCCGCGCUGUUUUUCCCUAAACCACAGAUAGAUGGACACACAAAGACAGACGACACACAUGCACUUACAGUAAACCCGAUGAUUCGUCUUUUUACUGCAUUGAAUUGACCAUUAGUAUAUCGGGUCGAUUGAUUGAAAGCGCCCUUUCUAAGGUAUGUAGCGUGCUUUUUUAUCUGUCGCACCGAGUCUUCUGCGUCUUUUGGCAGUCGUGAAAGAGAGUCCUCAUGUCCGAAACUAGUCAAAAUAAAGAAUACCAAGCCUUUUUCCUGACGACUCACGGCGAAAGAAAACAUUUAAAAGCUAAAUUUUAUCAGAGAGAAAAUUAAAAUUACUAACACGUUCACACACUCACGCGCGAUGAAGAUGGAUGCUCAAUUUAAAUUAUAUUUACAGUAGAUGUGGUGUCCUUUACUCUUGCACUCUCUCUCACCGGCUAAUAUUUAUACACACAUACUUGACACACAAUUACCGCUGCUCUUGCACUCUCUCUGUGUUAUUUUAUUCUGUUGUUGAAGCGUAUAUACAUACAUGUCAAUAGUUUACCGAUUGUUUCUGAUUGCAUCCUGUAACAUAAUUAGACCAGUCCCUUGAUUAGCGUUUCUCUGCUCUAUACAUAAUAUUUUAAUUUUCCACUUUGACCCACACAAACGGCGACUGCAAAGGUAGUGGCUUCUCGAUUCAAAUGGGCAUUUUUCAUUCACUCGCUGGUGCUGCCACUGCCUGAAGGGUCGCCCCUCUCUCUAGUUACGCGUUGAAUAACACAACGAGCUUUACUUUACCAAACCAGAUUACCAUUUAACUUCUCACCACUUCUGUUUUUAAAUUAAAAGUCUUAAUUAACUACAAAACAAACACACCACACUCAGGUAUUUAUAACGGCCAAGUGAUUUCCUUAUUUAAACCGACAACCAUACGGUUUGUUUAGAAAAAAUUAACUCACCAAGCCCAUCUCGAUGGGUGGCACAGGAUUUUAAAUCUGACCUUUGUCGCCACCCCAGGAGAGUUGGACCGGUGGGAAACUCAGUAGUUCUCAAUUACCGAGUUAGUCAAUCAAGUUUUGUUCGCAAAACGAGCUUCAAAAGCUGACGUGUGAAUUAUAAAUUAUUCAUAAUAUACAUUUACAUAUUGGUUUUUGCCGAGCAAAAAUUGUCCAGUGACUCCCCUUCCCCCUGCCAUGCUCCCUCACUCGCCACAUUUGCAAGUUGAAUAUCAUUGAGAAAUGUUUUAUAUUGAUUGAUGUUAUACAUAGUUGUUUACUCUAUAUUAUUGAAAGAUGUUUUCUAACAAGUUUGUCACUUCACAAUCAACUCUCACAGACUCUUUCUCUCUUGAAGUAUAAUACUAACCAGAAUCACACAAACACUGCUUUACCGCUGCUGCUUCGAUGAUAUAUCUCUAUCUAUACGGAACACAAUUGAUUUUUGAGUGUUUAUUCUUUGUAUUCGUCCCCGCCUAUAAAGCUGUUUCUCUCCGCUCUGGUCUUGGACUUCUUCUGGAAUACUUUUUUCGCUGUAACAAUAUAUAUAUAAUAUAUAUUCUUAUGUGUUGACAGAAGAAGCUAGAUGUUCAAACACUCUCUUACACACAUACAUACAAAACGCACGCACUCGGAAUAGAGGCUGGCGUUGAAAAUACACACACACACACUCACUUGAUCUAGAUUUGUCUGUAUGAUCGGCAGUGAUUGUAUGUGGCACCAGACGGAAUAGAGACGCGCGCAUGCGACCGACACACAAGCAAACUUACACACUCACACGUACGAUGGAGACGAGUAGAAAACACGUAAAACCGGCGGGAAAACAAUAGCGGAACUGGCGAAAUGCAUGUGAAAUAUUAAUAUAGUGUCUAAGUGUUGUUAAUUACUAAGUGUGAUAAAGUUAAUCAGCAUACAGCAACAACUAGUGGGAAGGAAUUGUGCGGUAAGGGACUCUUCCCGAACAGCAAAAGCAGGCUAAUUAUUGUGAAAUUAAAAUUAACAAACACGCAAACACACGCAAGGAAAAUCGUAGCUUCUGUGGUAGGUGGUUAUGAAUAAUUGGGAACAAUUUUUUACAAAUCAUAUUCGAAAUGUAGUGAGCGUUGGGCGUUAAGAUCGAUGUCGAAAUGCUGAGCAAAAACGUCGCUGUGUCGUUUUUAUCAAGACGAAGAAAAAUUGGAAAAAUAUGUACUUGUUGUUGUGAAUGAUUUCUGCUGUUACGGCUGGUUGAAUGAUUUAUCGCGGCUUUUGUAAUAAUAUGGAGGCGGUCUUUAUAACAAUCGUACACACACGUCGUGAUAGUCGUGGCUCUCUUUUCUCUUUUUAUCGCCCCCCGCAAAAAUCUUUUUUCGAAUCUCACGCAGGGGCGCACCUAGGCGGGACAACAACGCAUUAAAGUUAAUGUGAUGGCUGUUUUUUUGUUUUUAUCUGGUCAAUAUCGUGCCUACAGUAAUUAUGCAUAAAAAAUUGUGUAGCAUGAAUGUAUUGAAAGUAAUAGUAAAAAUUCAGAUUAACGUCGUUUUGCUGGCAAAAUUAUAACAACUUCAACAACAACAAAAAACACGGUUUAAACAAUUGGAAGCACGUACGGAGACGGUAGUCGGGCAGAGCCAGGUCGCGAGUGACUAUCCUUGGAUUUUAAGGUUGAACAAUCUCCCCUGUGGGGAGACUCGAUGGGAAUGAUUAUGGUGAGUGUCUAUUUAAAAGAUAUUGAGGCUGUGUUAGGUCUUUAAUGGACCCUUUUGGGUGAACAUCGUGUAUUCUGUAAGGCAGCUCUAAACGGAAAAGUGUAAUUUUUUAGAUAAAAAAUACCAAACAAAAGGAAUAAUGCUAAUUUUGUAUAACAAAAACCAUAUGAACGGAUUUAAUGUUGACACGAAGCACACGAUGAUUGAAAAAUGAAUUGUUGUUGCUCACGCGCUAAAGGAACAGCAGACGAAACAGUUUUUGACAAGUAAAAUAAAGUAUUUGACCGCCUCCAAUUUUCAGACAGUGAGGAUCGCAUGAAAACGUAAAAUUACACGUGUAAAAAUUAAAUUUAACUGCCGGGAGUAGCCACAGUUGAGCUGGGUUUUUGAGAUGGACACCGCGAGCAAGGAAUGCUUACAAAGUUUGCUACUUAGAUCUGCGCUAAAAUUUUAGAAGGUAGUCUUUAUGAUUUCCUUAACAUUAACACUUCGUUUUAAGGAGACCUUAGUCUUUAAGAAUGAAAAAAUACAGUACAACAUUGAACUAAGUUAACGAAUGAGAACACACACACAUGCGCACGCUGCGGCAUGUCUUAGUUCAGCAAUCAAGGAAUUUAAACUUGAAAUUUCGUGCGCUCUUUUCACCACACACAUACACACAGACACUUGCAUUUAAAUACCUCUCCGGAAAAAAUUAAAACUUUAGCGUAGGAGCAACUUCUUCAUUGCUGAAUUGCAAAUAUUAUGCGACAUCUUGAAAUCUAGGUAAGAAUUCGAUAUAAUUUAGCAACACGCGAUUCAAAGAACCCCUUCAAUGAGAACACUCCUUUUCCCCUGUCAGCAGACUUGCAAAUAAAGUACGCGCAGAAUCGUACCGCAAAAAUCGAAUUUUAACGGCCGCUUCAGAUUUUAAAUAAAGAUUUUGUUUAUUUGAACAGUUUCAAAGUACGAAAUACCGAGCUUUAAAUAAUAACUCUUCGCAAGUUUCGGUACGCGGGCUGUGACGAGGAGACCGAACUUCACAGAACACUGCUCACUCAAGUUAACGUUGGCGCCCGCGGAGCAGCCUGUGAAUUUUAUCAUUUUCCGCGUGCACCCCAUUGAUAUCUAUCUCUAUCGUGAAACAAAGCAAAUACCUGUGCACCCACACAAAAGAGACAUAAUUGAAAUGCCUUCGCAAGUGCUGCGACUGCUCUUUUUGUCCAACAAAACGAGUUGGAGCGGCGUGUUGUUACAAAUUAACCUAUCUCACGCAUUCACACACACACAUGUAAACACACACUCAAAGUACAAAAUUGGCUUCACUCCACAAACAGCUGCUAUGUCAAGAGUUACUUUGGAAUUUGCAAACUGACGACUAACAAUAAUCACUCGCCUCACCACCUCUCCUUUUGUAUUAUUAUAAUAUUAAAUAAUUUUUAAUUAACUAAUAUCUUGCCGACCGGCGUUGAGAAGCGCGCGGAUAAACCACACCUAUUGUCUCUAAACUUUGGUUCACGUGACGGUGAAUUAUCUCAGGUACAAUGACAGUGGCAUUUCUUACGAUCCCCUCUUAAUCAUUCUUUUUUCGUUUCGGUUCACACACACACACACAUAAUAUGCAGCUCUUUUGUUUUCCUUCCUGAAGAAACAUCUCUUGCGAUGCUCAAACAACGUUAAUUUAUGAUAUUUUUCAGUCCCAGAUGCCAUACAACAAAUCCUACUUUAAAAAAUAUCUGUAAAUUACGGGUAUUAAAAGACGUGCGCGAUCAGAACUUUUCGCUCCUGAAGACAAAAACAUGUUAAAUUAAAAAUUAAUUGCUUGAGUAGAAAGCAUCGGUGCAUCAGCGCGAUUUAGGUGCUGAAUCAUUCAAUUCCUGCUGCAACUGCGAGUACAAAACAAUUUAAAGCGAAUGCGAAUAACGUGUUAUUACGGAAAAUUUUAUUUUUCACUCGGAAUAUCCCAGCAAGUGUCUUUUUAUAGUGUACCUCUACAAAAUGAAAAUUCCAAAUUAACUCUGGUCAAAAACACUCACAUUAACUCACUCUCCAACAUAACCUAUACCUAUACACACACAAAAAUAUUGAGAAACGGUUAAAUAUUCGCCCGCGACACUAAAGAGAAUAAUUGUACUGUCAUACGAAUCCAACGAACUUUUUACAAAAAUAUUAUCCACCAAUCUGACGGUUAUUUUAGCUGUGCGGAGUGUCAGUCUCCCUGCAAAACAAACCCACACUUACACGGUGAAAAGGAUCGGACAGAUUUUUAACUCUACCGCCACAUAUAUUAAAUAACGCGAUUUAAAAGAUAGAGAUAUUAAAAAAUACUGUUAAAGAAAAUGAAGGAGAAAAGAUGAAUAAGUGUCACGCACCUCUACGAAUAAUCAGUACUCUCGGUAUAUCUCUGUAGUAAAAAACGACAAGAUGGAUGACAGUAUGAGGAACCAGAAGCGCGACUUAGUAUUCAAUGUUUCCACACUCUUUGGCCCCGACAUUCUUAAUUCACUCUAUUUCUCACUCUCUUCAUACUCGAGUUCGUUUUUGGAUUUUCAACUCGCUGAAAAGAGAAAUCGCUGUUGCAUUCAGGUGUCGAUGAUCAUGGUACUUUCCUCUCGAUAAUAUAUUAUGCCUGUGUAUAAUUCGUUGUGGCUUUUGGAAGCUUCCCGAGUAUAAACUAGCCGAUUAAAUUUAAAAUAUGAGUGUUCCGUUCGAUCUUCAAUGAAAGAAAUCGUCGUUCAGUUGCUGUAUUUGUAAAUCGUCUAGCUGUAUAAUUCACACACACACAAUACACAAUACACACUCACAUUAUAGUUUUAAAUCGAUUGCGCAUACACAUACUUGUGCAACAACCGACAAAAAAAAGAAACGCGCUGCGCGAAAAGAGAUACACACAACGUGCGUUUUGAAGCAAAUCUACGUGUCUCUGAUUACACGUUUUAUGCCUUUUUGUCAUUGAUAGAGAUGUUUUUAUAAAUACGAUAUAUAUUAAAUGUAUGCGUGUGACUGAAUGUUGGUACACAUUAUUACAAGAUGAUUUUCGUUCGAGUGUCUCAUAAUAUAUACUUUUGUGUAUAAAAUCAUCCUUUUUAAUAUAAUCAACUCGCUCAAAAUGAUUGUUCAAAUCUUAGGGGAUUGAAGUAUAAAUAUUCUAGAGUAAAGAGUAACGUAGAUCGACAGAGGAAAACUAAAAAACAGACGAAAACUCACAAAAAAAGAUAUGUAAAAAUGUUUGCAAGAAGAAAUCCGAGCUAGGGUACCGAGGAUUAGCUAUGAUUUUAGGGUGAAGAAACCGCCUUUAAGUUAAGAAUCACACACACACACGUACAUACACACACAACACACACGCGACGCGUAGGACCUUUAUAAUACUACAUUAACAGGAGGAAAUAAUUCGUAGGCUUUAUUAAAAUUAUCGCUAGAAGGAAGCGCUUAAAACGUGUUUAAGAUUAAGAGUAUAAACAGUAAUUGUGCGCGCGAACGAGUGAGUAAACAAACAAACAAACCAACCAACCAGCUGGAUGUGUAUAAAAAAGAAACACGGUUAAUUUAACACAAAAACACGUAGCCGUAAUUAGUUGGUAUGCGUACAUAUAAACUAAUUAAUUGAUUAAUUCACGCGUACGAGACCUACAAAUGAUGCUAGCUGAUAGAGAGACAGUUUAUGUACAGGACGGUACCACUUUGAAGAAAAUGUGAAUUUCACCUCUCCAUUUUGAUCAGCAACGAUUCGAUGUCAAACCGCAAAUGACUCUUUCCAGAGCCAAACCGAAUUAGGGAAAACCGCUCGAGUAGAUGGGCUCGCAAACACUCACACACACACACACACGUAUUCACACGCAUCACAACGUUCACUGCCAUUAUCGUAUGCAAAUUGUGAAAAAUGGAUGUGAAGUUUGCUUACAUAGACGACUUGUUUGUGAUAUUUUCCGGGUCUCGUACUGCUCCUUUCUCUUUAUUGUUUUUUUUCUAAUUCGUCUUUAUCAUUUUGUUUCUGUAAAAUUAGGAGAGCGAUUCUUUCGACUUAAAUCAUUAUUUUUGCGACUUGACUUUUUGAACAAAUCCAACCUUCGUUUUAUGACAUAAAAAUAAUGCAAUUUCUCACUUCGUUUCACGUGCUGCAUUGUCUUGAUUGAUUUGAGAGAAAAAAUUGUAAAAAAACAUUUUGAGGAAAAAAAUGCGAGUACUGCUGUAUGUCCGAAGAUGAAAACUAAUCGAGCUUAAUGUGACCAUGAAUGUCGCCAUGUUUUCUUAUGAUUAUUUAAAAUGGUAAAUUGUUUUAGUUAAUUUGCUCUACAUGAGAAAACUGUACAAUAUUAGUUGCGUCUGCCGACGGGUGAGUGGCGCCGCCCCAGCCGCCCCCACGCACCCGAACAAUCGAUACGUGUUAAAAUGAAAAAAAUAACGGUGAAAGAAAAUUUCCCUCUACAAAUUCUACUGGUGGAAUUCAAAGUUAUACGCUGCCCCUUCGAUUCGAGUUGACGAUACGACGACGAUAAUAAUAAUAGGAAUUAAAAUAACCAAUCAGAUCAUUGACCAAGGCUGUGCUUUUUAAAUUUAGGCGCGGUCGGCAUCGGCGCCGGCGGCGCCGCCAUUGCUCCCGUGUUCGGCAGACAAGGAAUCCAACAAAAUCAAAACGCGAAAUAGUCAAAUCCGAUUUUUCUCCAGCUCGUGGGCCCGCGGGACCCCGCCGCGGGCCCCGGACCGGCCCUACCAUAUUCACUUUUACUCUUCCAAUCCCAUUUUUAGUGCCACCUUAUGCAUCGGACUGAAUGAAUCAAUCAAAUACGAGCGUUUAAUUAUUAUAUUAAGUUUUUGUAACGUGAGACACACAACAACAUAAACCCACACACAUUAUAGCUGAGACGAAAUUUGACAACACCUGUCCUCAAGUUGAUCAAACCACACCCCUCUCCUCAAUUGAAAUAACAAGAAAACCACGUGUUAUCAGUGAUGAUUAUUAUUCAUUCUCCUUCCAACGGGCCAAGAAACAAAUCCGCCGCUGUCUCCGGCCUUUAGAACUAUAUUUUUGUCCCAGAUGAAAGGGUUCACCUGUAGUAAUGGCACUGAGGAUUAUUGCAACGCAACCCGAAGGCCUGAGACAUCGCGGGCAAUCCACCCACUUGUUGACCAUAGCCAAUGGAUAGCAAAUUGAUAAAUGAGCCGAGCGCGGCCCCCGACCGCCUCCCUCGCAGGGGGGUGGGCGGAGGCCGCGUGCGGCCUUUUUUACGAAUUACAAAUACAUUUGAAAGGAAGAAAGCGAGAAAAAACACAAGCGACCACUACCUCCAAUAGUUAACGAGUAAAUUAAUAUUGUAACUGAGACAAAAUGGAUGAUCUUACUUGUUUUUACCACAACAUGCAUAAAACUGGAAAAUAAUAUCUGCAGAACUCUUUACAGACACACACACAUAAAUACACACAACACACUCUAACAUAAACAAACACAACCGGUGAUAGUUAAUUGAUACAUAAUUACGAGACGUGUAUUGUUUCCGCGAAAUGGGUCAGUUUUUAAUUGCGUAUAAUGUAUUAUUAUGCGACGAUGAUGAUGAAUAAAUUCUUCUCGUUUAUUGCUGUGCGUGAUACACGAUGUGUAAAAAUGAUGAGAUAUAUGAAUUAUAAUUAUAUAUACAUGCCGUCCCAACUCUUUUAAGUCUACAUGUGUUUGGCCGACGCCUGGGCCGCGCCGCUCCCCCGACGGCGCCGCCGCGUCGGCGCCGCCCUCACAACGGUGGGCCCUGUGCGAAGGGCCGGCGCCGACGACGGUCGCCGCCGCCGCGGCUCCGCCAGCCGCCCCGCCUCCCCCCAACAGUGUGUACAGAGUGCGGCGGCGCGGCGCCGGCGUCGCUCUUUAUAGAUGGGAACGUUAUUAAUUAUUAAAUAUGAAAGAAGAAGAGAUGAAGUAAACGAAUCAUAAUAAUGUAAUUUGUUAUUUGUAACAAUGUAACAAUUUGGAUUUGAGGAAAACAUGGUCUGUUAUCAAGGUACAAAA